AUGGAUGGGAGAUGCGCCCGAAUCAUUAUCUGCAAUGCCGUCAUUGACGAGAACGAGAUUCUUAGCAAGAAGCUGGUCGAAAAGACGGCUCAAGUUGGUGUAGUCCUCUACGACAGUCUCGCUACUUUGGCAGCCAAGUACCCCAACUGGAUCCAGAAUUUCCGUGACAAGAAUAAUGGCACAUAUAUUGCCUUUGACACGCCUGACUCAAGCAAUCUGUUGAAGAAGAUGCGCGAGUUGGGCAUCAAUAUCGGCAGCUGCGGUGUCCAAACUGUUCGGUUGGGCCCUAUGCUGAUCUUCGAAGAAGCUCAUAUCGCUCCUCUUCUGGUGGCUUUUGAGACUGCGUUUUCACACUUCCACAUCUCCACACCACACCCUUUUCCUCGAACAAGCGAAAAUCAACAUAGUCGAACUACGCCCAUCAAGUUUACUCGUACGCUGCCUUUGCUCGUCUUUUUGUUGGUCGCCAGUCAAAUGAGCUUCGAGGAUAUCCAGAGCGAUCUCAAGAAAGAGACAUACCAUUACAACACACCAGAGGCAUUCAUUCCGUAUGAAAGUGUCCAAAAGAUAUGGGUCGGGGAUCGGCUCGAACAGUUUCUGAAGACCCAAGAUCCAAGUCUGGGUAGAUCAGACAUAGCUGUAGCUCGAGAGGGCUUAUUGCGUACGAUAUCCAUACUCACCGGUGUCGUUCCUCGAGAUUGGUCGGGAUGGUCAAGGUUCCGACAAAUUUUCUUCCCGCCAGAUGAUGAUGUCGCCGAUCGUCGCCGCGACAAAAACAUCCUCGACUUCACCAGAGAGGAACUUGAGCGCGACUCCUUCCUUCGGGAUACCAACCUGGCGGGCCACUUCGUGACUCAUAGGUGGAGUUACUUUCCAGUUGUUUUGAACGACAAUGAGGCAGAUGGGGAAGAUGAGGAAGACUCUUAUGGAGAGAACUACCGGUUACCGCUCUUCCGGGAGGACCAUGUGCUUCGACAGGGUGGCUACGGAGAAGUGACCAAGGAGAUCAUACCUCCGAACCAUAUCAUCCUGGGCCAUUUGAGCGAUGACAUUGGUAUACCAAAGGCACCUCAUCCAGUCAAACUCAUCGUCGCCCGAAAGCGCUUCUUCCCCAGGGCAAAUUCUGACCUUGAAGUGAGACUAUUGAAACUUCUCCGAUCAAGCCUGUCCAGUCACAAGCAAAUCGUUUCUAAUCUUGCGAUAUUUAAAAUUAGAAAUGAAUGGAACAUCAUCAUGCCAUGGGCGGACAUAGAUUUGGAAGAUUUCUUGGCCGGAGGUUACAGAGAAAUGCAAUCUACUCCACCUGCACCUCUCCUGGACGAUCUAAUCGCGGAGUCCAGAAAGGUUGCCUCUGCCAUUCAUUUCCUGCACGAAAAUCUCCAACUCGAAAGCGAAUGGGAGGAGUUUCGCCAGCUAGCAAUUUGUCAUGCGGAUCUCAAGCCCCGAAAUGUAUUGGUCUUCAAGCGCGAGGGCUCUUCUACGGGAGUUUGGCGAAUUUCCGAUUUCGGUGUCUCACGAGUAGCAAGGCGUGCUCUGUCGGAAACUAGGAGGCGAGGCUCAGGAUACACGACUAGUUUGAAUGAUCAUUCUCCAAAAGGUGGCGCAUACCAGGCACCAGAGCCCCGUACCCAACGAAGGAGCGACGUCUGGUCGUUCGGGUGCAUACUAGUGCGCGUUUUCGCCUUGGGUCUUGAUCCUGCGAGUUUGGCAGAACUUGACGAAAGUCGAAGAAAGCCACUGGUCGGCCGCGUCCUCGACGAUUCUUUCUAUCAAAAGGAUCCUCCUGCUCUGCAUCCGAGCAUCGAAUCUUGGCUUCAGAGUUUACCAGCCCAAUAUCACACUACUCAUAACCUUGGUUUCCUUGAGAAAAUGCAGAAGCUUCUUCGCUCAAUGCUUCAGAUAGAUUACCAUCAACGCUCAUCGGCACAUGAAGUUCGAAGCGAUUUACAUGCACUUCAUUCAAGCGGAUCAUCAAGGAUGUCAAUCCAUUCCCCAGCCAGUACUGAGACCUACCAGGGAACCGAUCAUGGUAUCGACCCACCUCACCCGUCCGCACCAGUGGAAGGAGUGGGUGUUCUUGUUACUGUCAUAAAGUCCGGGACCAUCGACAAUGUCCGCCAAGCUCUGCGAGGCAAUGUUGACGUGGAACAGUGCGACCAGGGUGAAAGGCCUUUGAUCCAUGCUAUUGAAGUGACAAGCCCUGCUAAGAUCAAAGCACUUUCCGAAUAUCAGCGGAAAUUCCACAAUCGAAAUUUGAACGUGCGCGCCCCUUCGUCUAAAGGGAAAACGCCGCUCUAUCUUGCAAUUUGCAAGGGCGACGUCGAUACUGUGGAAGCUGUGAUCGAUGCUAAUAUUGGUCCUGAUUCAAACGCCGACACCAAUACUUUGUUGAGCGAACUGUGCGGUGAUAAGACUCCGCUCAUGCAAGCUGCCUUCCUUGGUCACACCGGUGUGAUCUCAUUGCUUCUGGAACGGGGUGCAGACCACAGAAUCUGCGUGCAACAACAAAAGCUGAACUGCCUACAUUAUGCGGUGAAAUUUGGUAAUCACGCUAAAGAAGAUGUCAUCGGGGCUUUCAAGUACAAGAUGAUCUUCGAUCAGCUUCCGCCCAAUAUACCGCUCGACAGUGGAGGGAAUCCACCAAAACCGGUAGCAUAUGUGACGCCGAUGUUGAUGCACAUCCGCCUCGCGCUGGACGGUUCAUGUACAUCUUUGGAGCCAGACUCUUUGUGGGGAAGGAAGUUCAAGGCACUUUUAGAUGGAGGAGCGAGUGCAAAAAGGACGUACGGUGCAGGAACCCCUUUGGAGACGAGUCCUUUAGAAAUUGCUGUGAUGCAAAACAACCUCCUGGUUGUCAGGGCGCUUGUCGGUGCGGGUGCAACCCUUCCAGUGGGCUACUCCGUACCGCAUGGAACCUUUAAGCACAUCAAAAAAUUGCUCAAAAAUGUUAAGAGAGAACAUCCAGUUCCGGGGCAUUGA